UUAACGCUUUUGACAAAUUAAGGCAAGCACCACCAGCUACACCAGAAACAUCAUAUCAUUGGGCAACAACAACAACAGACAAAAUCACCGAAAACCAAAAAACACAGCAUUUUCAUGAGCCCUCUUGACUUUGUACCUACGAAAACCAAAUACAAAUCGCAAAUAAAAUAAAUUAAAAUCACCAAACAAAUCCCAGAUUGGAUCUCUCUCCUCAUUCUCAGCUAUAGAUCUCUCUCUCUCUCUGAGCCUAUUGUCUCUUUGUGCUCAAUUUGAGGAACUGUUGGAAUCUCCAAUCAAUGCCAGUAUAGUGGAGCGCCUGUUUUUGAGUUCUGAACCUGUUUCUUUGUAUUAUUGCUGAAAAUUGUAGAAGGGCUACUUAGGAGUGAGUUUAGGCCAAGAAACCCAUGCUCAGAAUGUUUUCUGUGUACUAGAUCAUGUAGUUCAUCCAAGUUGAACAAUGCUGUUGUCUGAUUUGACUAGAACCAAACAUAUUCAGAGGCCAUUGGGUAGAUUGGUUUGUGUUUAGGGUAUAAAUGGCUCUAAUUUAGAGUUUAAUAGGAGAUGGUAGAGAGUGAUUUGGACACAGAAAAGGUUGAGUGCACGGAAGCCAACUACGCUCAGAGUGGAAGCCAAGAAUCAGGUCUUCGCAGGGAGCCCUCAUUCUCUCGCUGGUGCGAUGAAGAUGGGACAGUGCAUUUUGAUCGUCAAUUAGAAAACACGGAUGCGAGUGUAGAAGAAGAUUCUGACUUUGAAUUGCCCAUGCUUCAAAAGGGUGAGCUAGAAAACAACAUUUUGGAUAGGGACCGAAACCAUAAUACUAAAUCUCAGAAGAGAAAUAUGCGGUUGAACGGUGGUGAUACCUUGGAUGAUGAUUCUACUCACGUAGGUGGGACUGGAAAUGAGGAGUAUUUGCCCUUUGAUAUCGAGAAUAGCUCUGAAGGGGAGGUACAUGCUAUAGAUAGUUUUAUGCAUAGCCAUAAAGCAUUACAGCCCAAUUCGAAGAACCCUAUUUCUGUUUCCAAUGUGCUGAAAAUGUUGUUCUUCGUACUAAUGUGGUACACUUUCAGCCUGUUUUUGACCUUGUAUAACAAAAGUCUGUUAGGUGAUGAUUUGGGGAAGUUCCCUGCUCCAUUAUUGAUGAAUACCGUUCAUUUCUCAAUGCAAGCUGUUUUUUCGAAGGGAAUCACAUGGUAUUGGUCUAAUAGAUUCCAAACUGGUGGUUCUAUGUCAUGGAGAGAUUACUUUGUGAAAGUUGUACCCACGGCUCUUGGAACAGCAAUGGAUGUUAAUCUAAGCAACGCAUCCCUUGUUUUUAUAUCUGUCACAUUUGCCACAAUGUGUAAAUCCGCCGCUCCUAUAUUUCUUCUUCUAUUUGCUUUCGCUUUCAGAUUGGAGGCACCAAGCGUUAGACUUUCGGGAAUCAUAUUAAUUAUCUCCAUUGGAAUACUAUUAACAGUUUCAAAGGAGACUGAAUUUGACCUUUGGGGAUUCAUUUUUGUCAUGCUUGCUGCUGUUAUGUCCGGCUUCCGCUGGUGCAUGACUCAAAUUCUUUUGCAGAAAGAAGCUUAUGGUUUAAAAAAUCCGCUUACUUUGAUGAGCUAUGUGACCCCAGUGAUGGCAGUAGUGACUGCCCUUCUCUCUCUUGUAUUUGAUCCGUGGGAUGAACUUAGGAGAAACAAUUACUUCAAUAAUCCAGCGCAUAUCAGUCGAAGUUGCUUGCUGAUGCUGUUUGGUGGAACCCUUGCCUUUUUUAUGGUAUUAACAGAAUUCAUUCUUGUCUCAGUAACCAGUGCUGUCACAGUAACAAUAGCAGGUGUUGUUAAGGAGGCUCUCACCAUAUUGGUUGCAGUUAUUUACUUCCAUGAUGAAUUUACCCGAUUGAAAGGAGCUGGGCUCUUCAUAAUUAUGCUUGGUGUCAGUUUAUUCAACUGGUACAAAUACGAAAAGAUAAAGAAGGGUCAAACAAGUGAAGAUGAUAUGGAGGAAUCAGUCACGACAAAUGUUGCUGCAAAAUAUGUUAUUCUUGAGGAGAUGGAUGAGCAAGAUGAUGGCAGAUGAAAGCUUUAGUAAAUUUUUGCAGGAAAAGUUCACUGUCAUGCAUCUCGGUGAAGCUUUUAGCAAGAAGCACAUUUGCUUGUCUCAAUUUUCAGCAUCUGUUCGUGUUCCUACUUCUUCAAGCUUUGCCCUUUGCAGAGUUCGCCCUAAAUCAAUACGAGUCGAGAUUUUGCAGCUACGCACCAAGAAUCAGAAGAGAAGCUAAAUCUUAGCUCUUAGUAUAUACCGAGUGUCAUUUGUUAGGAUGUGUGCGCAUGGAUGUCAAUAAUGCUUCAGUUUUUUCUUAUUAUUUUUUAAAAUACUUUGUUGAGAUAGAGGGGGUGGUGUUUGCACCUGCAAGCUACCCAGAGUUUUGUAAUUUCCAUCAUGCUUGAUGGAUUGUCCUUGCCCUUGAUGUAUAUUAUAAAUUGGGCUUCCUUUUUUUCCCCCUUAUUUUUCUUUGUA